GUAUUUUCGACAGACCUCGUUUUUGUCGUGUGAUCACAGCGCCACGAUCCAAAUCGCACAGCCAGUUGAGAAAAUUGACUCGCCCGUGUUCGUGUAGUUCUAUAUAUCCCCAAGUUCAUAAAGAAAAAUGGGCGUACCUGCAGGAAACGCUGAGAAUGGCAAGAAGAUCUUUGUCCAGAGAUGCGCACAGUGCCACACAGUAGAGGCUGGCGGCAAACACAAAGUAGGCCCCAACCUCCACGGCUUCUUUGGACGCAAGACCGGACAGGCCGCCGGAUUCUCAUACUCAGAUGCCAACAAAGCCAAGGGUAUCACCUGGAAUGAGGACACCCUGUUCGAAUACCUGGAGAACCCCAAGAAAUACAUCCCCGGAACCAAAAUGGUGUUCGCCGGUCUGAAGAAGCCCAACGAACGCGCGGACCUCAUCGCGUACCUCAAGAGCGCGACUAAGUAAUCAAAUAAAUUAUUAGGAAAAUUACAGAAUCAGAAGCAUUUUCCAUUAUGUUACUGGAAUCUGCUUCUGUGAAUAGCCCAAUCAGUAUCAUUUAACUAAUGUAUUUGCAAUGUUAUUGCACAAUAGUUACCUAUUUCAUGUCAUCAUACCUAGGGUAUACUUGUAAUUAUGUGAUCAGACAUUUAUUUAUUAAGGUGUUGUUCUGAGAUGAUCACCGCGCUAACAUGAGAUGUUAUUCACAAUUUUUAAGUACUUGUGAGUGUGAUUUAAAUGUUAAUAAAUUAUUAAUAGUUAUCACCAAA